GGCGGUUUCUCCUCCCUCUGCACUCAGCCUUUCCUGUUCUCCGGAGAUCUGGUAUUUCUACACGCUGUGUACGGCCUUCAGGAUAUUUUGAUAUCGUCCCAGGUCCAGGAUGAGCGAUGAUGAUGAGACCCGGCAGUUCUACCAGCAGCUCCGUCAGUAUGAAGAUCACUUCCUGAGGAUGACGUAUGAAUAUUUCCUGGAUGAUCUGCUCCACAUUGUGGAGAACAUGAGUCUUCAACCACUUCUCCGUGAGCUACAUUCCCGAAAUCUUCCUGAUACUGAGAAAUACCACAGUCUAGAACAUGAUAGAAGAAGAUUGGCGCGGACUUUACUACAGGAUAUAUAUCUCAGAAGAAGAGAAGCUGUGAUAGGACUGUGGGUCAGUCUCUAUGUAUUACGGAGACGUCGUGGUUCCCCCGGCCUGGACGCUGUACUGGAGGAACUCCGUCAUAGAGGUGACACUCUGGUGGAGCAAAUCCUGCUGGAUGAACAUGGACACCAACUGUCCCCACAACUCAAAGAAUUCCAGAUUCGUCACAAGAAACAUUUACAUGAAAGAACUGAGAAACUUGUAGAGAACAAACCUCCAAGAUGUGACCAGCGAGAGGAGAGUUUUCCAUUCUCUACACGUUAUGUCAACCUCAUCAUUGUCUCCAAUGAUCACUUCAGAGAACGCUCUGAGAAUGAGCUCAUAGAGACCGGGGUAAAACAUGAGGAAUACUUAAAGAGAAAACAAAAUGAAUUUCUACGCAUUUCCCCCAACAAACUGUUCCACUGGUGCCACCGAUCCGAACAAGUGCCACGUAUGGUAAUGGUGUGUGGAGUGCCCGGUGUAGGGAAGACCACACUGAUGCAGAAGGUUGUCUAUGACUGGGUGAAGGGGGAUCUCUAUCAAAGAUUCUCCUUUGUCUUUUUCUUCAAAUUCCGAGAACUCAACAGACUGGAUAAGGUUAGUCUGGUGGCUCUAAUCCUUCAUCAGUACCCAUAUCUGGAGGAGCAGCUUAGUAACAUCCUACAGGAACCAGAAAAACUUCUCUUUAUAUUUGAUAGUUUAGAUGAAAGUCUUCAUAACAUGGAUUUCUCAUCACGUCACUUGUGCUCUAAUCCUACACAGCCCGAACCUUGUGGUCAGAUUGUGGUUAGUUUGGUGAGAAAGUCUCUUCUUGAUGGUUGUUCUGUCCUAAUGACCAAUCGCCCAACCAGACUGGCAUCAAUUGAUUGUAGAGUUUUCCAGAGAAUAGUAGAAAUCACUGGGUUUUUACCGGAAGAACGACAGAUGUACUUUCAAAACUUCUUCUCCAACCCUGAACUGGCGGAAAAAGCUUUUAAUUAUGUGAAGCAGAAUGACACCCUGUACACGUUCUGCUACCUCCCGUCCUACUGCUGGAUCAUCUGUACAGUAUUAUCCAGGAGCUUCCAGCCAACAAGUAGUGAUCAGUCGGUGUCAUUAUUACCCAAAACCGUCACCCAGCUUUUUGCGAUAUUUGUCGCCAACAUCCUGUCCAAUCACAGCCUGCACAAAAGUGACGCUCAGAAGAUCCUGCAGUCCAUCGGAUGGAUGGCAGAACAUGGAGUCAUGAAUCACAGGCUUAUCUUUGAUGAACGAGAUCUGGACUGUUUCCAUGUGGACAAUACGUCAAAGCUCUUAUCAAGUUUUCUGAUGGAAUCGGAGGAACCUGUGUCCUAUUCCUUCUUACAUCUCACUGUUCAGGAAUUCUUCUCUGCCUUGGUGCAUUAUGUGGAUUAUUCUCCUGAGAAGUUACAGAAAUCACUAAUAGAUGCCAAAUCCUAUCCUGAUGGACGAGGUGAGAUGUUCCUCCGUUUCCUGUGUGGUCUAUCAGACGGCUCCACCAGGUCAAUGCUAACUGGAUACCUGGACAGACGAGCAACUCAGACAUCUAUAGAUGUCAUCACUUGGCUGAAGGACUUGAUUCUAGUAGAACAGAGGCCAAUGGAAAGUAAGGACAACAAGCGGCGUCUUCUCAGUACAUUUUUCUAUCUGUAUGAAUCCCGGAAUAAGGCUCUGGUGCGGGAAUCAUUACAAUCACACAGAAGUCUUGACUUUUCUCUUGUUCACAUGUCGGCUCUAGACUGCACAGUGUUAGCGUUUAUUCUGGACACCUGCACAAAUAUAGAAGAACUGAAUCUAUAUGGAUGUUCCUUAGACAAUGAAGGAUUAGAAAGACUUGCUCCAGGAUUACAUAACCUGCAGGAUCUGAGCUUGGGCAACAACAAUAUUCAACAUUUUGCUUGCAUCCAGUUGGCUUCUGUGAUAAGGAAUAACCCGUCCCUGAAGAUACUUGACCUGUCUAAUAACCGUCUGUCUGGUCCUCACUUCAGUGACUUGAUGGAGGCUCUGUCCAGUCCGGCCUGCAGGAUAGAGACAUUACUAUUGGGUUAUAAUCAUCUACCAGACACUUUCUGCAUCCAGUUGGCAUCUGUAAUAAGGAAUAACCGGUCCCUGAAGAAACUUGACCUGUCUGGUAACAGUCUGUCUGGUCCUCACUUCAGUGACUUGAUGGAGGCUCUGUCCAGUCCGGCCUGCAGGAUAGAGACAUUACAUUUGGCAGGUAAUGAUCUACCAGACACUUCCUGCAUCCAGUUGGCAUCUGGAAUAAGGAAUAACCGGUUCCUGAAGAAACUCGACCUGUCUGGUAACAGUCUGUCUGGUCCUCACUUCAGUGACUUGAUGGAGGCUCUGUCCAGUCCGGCCUGCAGAAUAGAGACAUUACAUUUGUAUGAUAAUGAUCUACCAAACUCUUCCUGCAUCCAGUUGGCAUCUGUAAAAUGGAGUAACCCGUCACUGAAGAUACUUCUUGAUGAAGGCUCUGUCCAGUCCGGCCUGCAGGAUAGAGGAAUUACAUUUUACAAAAGUGAUGGAGGAGAAAGCCAAAGUAAUUUUGAUAGCUCCCUUCUGGCCGAGGAGGCGCUGGUUUUCAAUGAUAAAAAAGAUGAGUUCAGACAGGUUGCUGACAACAUAAUGUUCAAACUUCACCCAUCUUUUCUUCCUAAAGUAGCAUCAUCAUUCUAUAGGUCGCAGGAUAUUAUUGUUCAAUCAUUCGGUAAAUGUCCAAAAAAUGAUACAGAGAAGGAAAUUUACAACUUGGACGGGCCUCUAGGCCCUGGUAUCACGCCUGCACCGCCUGUCAAGCACCCUUUCCGCGGGGGCAAUCAGACCCGCAUUGCUCUGCAGCCUGCUACACCCCCUGUCGUACCCUCCGGGUACGCUACUUCUACCGACCCGUCUGGGUCCCUCACUCCCAGUGAUGCCUCCAGGGCCCGGCACCUCCAAAAGUGCUCCAGGGCGGAGUGUGCGCAUUCCUCGUAUGCGUCCCUGUCUCCUCCGAGGGUGCGGUCUCAGUCGGGCCUCUCCUCCUCACAGGACAUGCCCUCUGAGGGAGAAUUGGUGGAUUCGGAUUGGGACAUGGACUCGGCAUUACCGUCCAAGCUAGCCUCUGCUGUGGGUCAUCUCAUUACCAAUAUUCGUGACACCUUUAAAAUUCACGACGACCCUCCCAGCACUGACAAGGCCGGUGUGUCCUUUUUCCACCCCAAACAGGUGUCCACGGUUUUCCCCCUCCGCGCCGACUUCUCGUUGGUGGUCUCUAAGGCUUGGACUUGCCCUGAUGCCCGUUUUACUCCCCCUAAGAAGUUGGAUAUCUGUUAUCCCUUCCCAGCGGAUUGCAUCUCCACUUGGGCGUCUCCACCUAAGGUCGACCCUCCCGUGCCCCGCCUGUCUAAAAGCACAGCCAUUCCUGUGGCAGACGGCUCCUCUCUUCGGUCUGCUGAAGACCGUCGCAUGGAAUCCCUUACAAAAGCCAUAUUUGCCGCCUCCGUUUCAGCCGUCAGACCGGUCUUUGCUUCCGCCUGGGCCGGGAAGGCGGUCUCGGAACGGGCUUCCCAACUGGACCAGGAACUUGAUUCGGACGUCUCCAUUCAGGACCUCCGUUCUUUAGCCCAGCUCGUUGUUCAGGCAGGGAAAUACGACCUGCUCAUCAAGGCGCCCUCCUUUUUCCAGACGUCCACCAGCGUGGACCUCACGCUGCAAACCCUGGAGCUGUUCGGUUGGAUUAUCAACCUUCCCAAGUCUUCGUUUAUCCCCUCCAGACAACUCGUCUUCCUGGGGAUGCUGCUGGAUAAAGAAGCGGCGGAGGUUCGUCUCCUACCGGAAAAGCAUCUGACCCUUCACCGUUCGGUUCGCGACCCUCCUUCUCCACCGCUGUCCUUCCGGUCCAGCAUGCGGGUAUUGGGACAGAUGGUGUCCUGCUUCGAAGCAAUUCCAUUCGCGCAAUAUCACUCCCGCAUUUUCCAGACGGCGAUUCUGUCUGCCUGGGACAAGUCCCCGGAGAGUCUGGACCCAUCCCCCUACCUCCCCAGCCUGAAUUGUCGUAGAAAGAGGAUGAAGUCUUGGGAAGACACAAGCCAAAUCAAAGGACUUUAUCUUCGUGAUGAGCCGUCAGGCUGGAGUUUAUGGUCAAUGCUUCAGUUACCAGUUUUCAAUACUACACAACGUAUCUGUAGAGGAGACACCGCACAACAUAAAAAGCUGCAUCUAGAAAAUGUCAUCUCUAAAGGAAGAAAACAGAUGAAGCCAGUGGGAUGCUCAGGCUGUAAACAUACUUAA